AUGUUGCAUUCUAAUGCUACACAGCUGCCAGUAGCCAAUAGAUGCAUUAAGCAGAUUCUUGAGUCAGCAGACAAGUGGUGCAUUGACUUCACUCACAAGACUUGCAAAUCCUUGGUGGAUUCCAACAAGCACUUUUAUUUGUAUACGAUUGUUGUGAGAAGCAACAUUAAGAACAAGGGUGUCCCAGUCUGUUUCUUUGUGACUAAUGCAGAAUUAAUCACAAUCUUGUCAAAAUGGCUCAGUAGGAUUAAAUCCAACUGUAGCCUGCAUGUCAAGCUCGUGAUGAUUGACUGCAGUCCAGUCAAGAUUAGUACCCUGGAGGAAGUCUUUGGCCAGUCGGUUCAGGUCCUUUUGUGCCACUGGCACAUCAAGAGAGCAUGGGAGAUGCAUAUCAAAAAAGAUGUAAAAAUUACUGGAGCCACCUAUGAAAGCAAGCAUGAGCGAGAUGCAGUUCGGGUGGCCCUCAACUUACUGAUGUAUGCCAAGACUAAGGAGGCGUUUGACCAGCAAUACAAGGAAUUUGUUUCCAAGUUUGCUGGCCAUGAGAAAUCUGUGGCAUACUUUGCUAUGCACUGGCAUGCUAAGUGUGACCUUUGGUUAAUGGCCUGGAGAUUGGAUCCCAGAUUCCACACGAACAGUCUUAUUGAAUCCUAUCAUCAUAUCUUGAAAGCUUACUACUUGGGAAGAUUAAGAAACUUCUGGGUUGACCGGUUGGUUUACAUGCUCUCCCAAAAGCUUGUUCUCACUCAUGUUGAGAAGGCUAAGAAGAAGAAGGCUUUUGACGUUGAUCACGAAGAUGCUCUUUGCAUGAUUGAAACUGUAGAAGACAACUUGAUGUACAAGUGUCGCUCCUUUACUGACAAUUCAGUUUGGUACGAGCUCUUGGUUAAAGAGGAAUUCCUAAUGAUGGGACUUCAAUACUCUUUAACUAAAAAGCUUCCUAUAGUCCAGAACCCAGAAGUUCAGGUAGUUGAGAGAAAUGAGAAGAGUGCUACAGCACAAAAUGAGUUGCAUUUGCUUGAGCUUGAUGAAGUUUCUGAAAGCUUGUUCAAAAAACUUGAAGAAUGGUUCUGGGAUGGACAUAACAUCCCAGAUUUUGAGAGAUUGCUUGUCUCUAAUGGAAGAAACCGGUGUUGCUCCUCAGCAAAAGUAUAA